GUGGGUGCAGUUUUUUUGCUCUUCAGGGUUGGAUCGGGCUAUCCAUCUAAGCCCGCGGCAGGGAUCAUUCCGCUUCUAUCCCCAAAAUUAUGUAUCCUUUUCCGGAUUUUACUUCUCAUGUGCCCCAGAAAUUAAUUGUAUACGACCUCUCCCAAAAUUUCUGUAUUCUUUUCAGUAUUUAGCUUUAUUGACAUCUAACGAUUUCUUCCGAGUUCGGAAUUCAAAGAAUCGAAGAAUAACAGUGGAUACCUGAUGGGGAAUCGCAAAUCAAAAUCAUCCAAAAGGAAAAGCUCUGAGGUUAUUCGAAGUAAAAAAAGUAGAAAAUCAAAGAAGAAGCUUUCACGCCGCCGCCAUUCCAUUUCAUCUUGUUCCGAUGAUGAUUCCGUAAGUUCAAUAUCCUUCUACUCAUCUAGUUCAGAUGAGGAUUAUAGAAGCAGGAAAAGUCAUUCACUCUCACGUGCUGAUGUGAAAAGUAAGAAGAAAAGGGCUGAGGGGAGGGCAUCAUCCAAACGAAAGAAAAGGGAUGAGAAGGGGGUAUCCUCUAACCAAGAGAGCAACGAGGAUUGCAAACCUUCAAGGAAGAGGAAAAAGUCGAGGAGUAAAAAGCGAACUGAACAUGAGAGGCCUCAAAAGAAGCAAAGAAGAGAUUCAAGCAUCAGUUCUGCUACUAGUGAUUCUUUGAGCUGCUCAAGUUGUGAAUUUGAGCACAGUAGUAGCAAGGAGAUUGAGUUUGGGUGCAGGUCUGGGAAAAAGAUAAGAGACAGGAGAAAUCCAGAUGUACAUAAAGUUGAAGCUAAGGAAAGUGGAAGCAAGUCGGCCAAUUCUCUUUCAACUGGGGACCAUUCCAAUUUCCACAAUGCUAGUCCAAUGGGGGAGGAACCUGCGGCUGAUAGUUUGAAUAAUGCUAGGCGCAUAAGAUCUGUUAUUACUGUUAUAGAACACCCACUCGAGGAGGAGGAAGAGAAUCUAUCCAAAAUUAAUGAUGUUGGUAACGGAGCAAGAGAAAAUACAUUUGCAUGCCAUUCUGAUGCUGUAAUUGAUACGAGCAAUGCUGUACAAAAGAUUACAGAUAACGAAGGUUUUGAUGAUGUAAUUGGUGAACCCACUUCUCGUGGAAAGAGUGUUGCUAACCAGUGUGUAAAUCAGGAUGGCUCAACGAACCUUGGGGACUCUGAGAAGGUGUUUGGAGUGAGUGAUAGUGUGGUCUUUGUUAAUGCAACCACUUCAGGUAGUGAAGACCUUGAGCUGAUUUUGAGGCAGAAGGCCUUGGAGAAUCUGAGGAAAUUCCGAGGCAAGAUUCAAGGAGUACCAAUAAAGUCUGAAAAUGUUAGCAAUAUGCUACUCAAGGAAGAAGGCUCUAAGGCUAUAAAGGUAACCUCAGCUGUGGGACAGAGCAGCAAUAGUGGGUUGAGUAAAGAGAUCAUGCAACCCAAAAUGGCUGAAAAUUAUACAAAAGUCGAAUCUCGAGUCACUAGACAAAGUCAUAUCCAGAAACCCGACGGAUAUGCACUCUGUAAGAAUGUUAGCAGAAAGGAUCACAUUAAUGCCACACCUGCUAUCCAUGAAAAAUCAAAAACAAGUGAACAAGCAUCUUCCAAUGAAGCUCCAUUGGAUGGAAAAGAUCGUUCAUGCAAAAAUAUUCCAGAGCUGAGUAAUGCCACAAAUUCUGCUAUGGCCAAACCAACUUCUAGCGUUAGAACUUUGGAAGAGCGUAGUUCAAAUGACCAAGCUGAGGCCAAGGAUGGAGAGCAGUUUCAGCAAAAGACAAUGUCUGUCAUGAGGAGUGGUGAAAUGGUACAGGUGAGCUACAAGGUGUACAUCCCUAAAAGAGCUCCCGCAUUGUCUAGGAGGCAACUCAAGCAGUGAUUCAGCAGUUUAAUAUUCUUCUGUGCAGUGCUAUUUCAUCAAAUUUAGAUGACAUUAUUAAUCAACUGGUGACAAAUCCUCGCCUGCAUCAGGGGUUUUAUGUCUUUAUUUUUAGCGCAUUCUCCUAAAUUUAGACAUUUCAAGUCGUUACUAAUGGUUGAUGUGGACUGUAGAAACUAAAAGAGUUUGAAGUUCUACAUUGAGGAUUGGGU